AACUUUACAAACAGUUGACGACAACUGCGCAGUAUUUGACAAAGCAGAGAGGAGAGAGAAGCAGUCAGCUUCAAAUACUGAUCAAAUAAUAACUUGCGGUGUUUUCCAGAUAAACGCAGCGCACCGAAAUGCCGCUGCGCUACCAAAACAAAGUGGUUAUUGUCACUGGAGGAUCCAGAGGCAUCGGCAGAGGGAUUGUCAAAGCGUUUGUGGAAAAUGGAGCCAAAGUGGUGUUUUGCGCAAUAGGAGCUGCAGCAGGUGAAGCUCUGGAAACGGAGUUCAGCACGAUGGGACCGGGCUCGUGCAAGUUUGUGGAGUGUGACGUCACCAAGGAAGACCAGCUCGAGCGGUUGGUUGCCGUCACCGUGGAGCUUCAUGGACACAUCGACUGUUUGGUGAACAACGCAGGCUGGCAUCCGCCUCACAAACCCACCGAUGAAACCACAGCAGAGGAGUUCAGGAAGCUGCUGAAUCUGAACCUCGUUAGCUACUUCUUAGCUUCCAAAUUUGCUUUACCGUAUCUGCGUCAGCGCCACGGAAACAUCAUUAAUGUCUCCAGCCUUGUGGGCACCAUCGGUCAGAAAGACGCUGCGCCUUAUGUCGCCACUAAAGGGGCGAUCAUCUCCAUGACAAAGGCGAUGGCUGUGGAUGAGAGUAAACACAACGUGAGAGUGAACUGCAUCUCUCCAGGUAAUGUGAUGACGCCGCUGUGGGAAGAACUUGCUGCGCAGACGGCCGAUGCUGCAGCCACCGUCCACGCGGGGGAAAAUGCUCAGCUGAUGGGUCGGAUGGGGACGGAGGCUGAGUGCGGACUGGCUGCUCUGUUUCUGGCUGCAGACGCUACAUUCUGCACCGGCAUCGACCUGCUGCUCAGCGGAGGAGCUGAACUCAACUACGGCUUCAAGAGUCAGAUCCCAUCCUGAGGGUGUCUGACCCCAUUAAUGCAAAUUACAAAAACAAACACCAACAGUGUUGCCCUGCGAUGGACUGGCGACCUGUCCAGGGUGAAACGUCUCGCUGGGGAUCAG